AACCAUUCUUUUGUUGCGAGCUUUCAGGAGGAUAAUCGCAGCACCAACAAAUUAAUCAAUUUGUUGCAGAUAUUAUGCUGCCGUUGGUCUUUCAGGAUGCUGCCGCAAAUCUCCACCAUGCUGCCAAGGCUAGUUUGAAAGAUCGGACCGUCCAGAUCCAGAGAAACGACUUGACCCGUCCAACUCGCCGGGCGAAUUGCUCCGUUCAUUUGCUGCCUCCAAGUGGCCUCGCACGUGUGAAAUCUGAUGCGGGCGUGCCACUUACUUUGCUGAAAGUAAGAAAGGAGGACUUUCCCAACGACCCUCUCCUUCCUCACGGUCGACCUCUUUGCAGAUGGCGGGAAGAACGUUGGAUUAAAAUGAGAGCUCCCAAACUUCAAGUCAAAAGGAAAUUUGUUGCUCCUGCAGAUUCCACGGAAGAGGAUACCCCCUCCAAGCAGCAAAGAACCGGAGGGAUCAAGAGGUCAGCAGUAAAACCAUCUGCAGCUAAGAAACUUAUCAAAUCUGCCUCUCCCUCGAGGUCCUCUUCUGCCACGGAAAUCGAGACGCAACCUGACAAAACAGAAGAUGUUUCCCUCGGUCCUGCUGCCACAAAAGCUCCUGUUGAAGACAUAUCUGCUGAGGGUGAUGGAAGCAAUUCUGCUCCUCUCGCACCAAAUCUGCCGAUGGUUCUUCACCCGCCACAAAGACCGAAUGAACUCAUCGAUCUAAGCUUAGACAAAGAGAAUACCCCUACACCUGUAGCUUCUCCUGCUAGGCAUGUUCAUGUUGAUGACAUUGAGAGUGUUGCUGCUGAUGUGCCCAUGAUUGAUGAUGAUUUGGAGAAUGAACUCCUUGCUCAGCUGGACAUGUUGAUGGAUACUCCGACUAAAUCUAGAUCUGCCACAGAUAGUAAAGGGAAGGCAAUUGCUGAAAAAGUGGAUUUUGAUAUCAACCUUCCUACUCAGGAGCAGAUUACCGCCUUUGAAGCGGCUCAAAUCCUUAGCCGAGCCCCACAAUUAUCAUCAGCUCAACAAAAAUUCUGGGCAGACUUCACCUCCAUCUAUACCCAUUUCAGCAGAAAAUUCCGGGUGUUUGAGAGCAAAGUGGCAGCUGCAGAUUCUGUCAGGAAGUUUGUAGCGGAUAGCACUGCCGCUGUCUUGAAGAAGAAAGAAGAAUUCUUGGCAGCAAAGGAGGCUCAUGUCACACAAAUUACACAUGUCCAAGGGCUCAAAGAAAAAAUCUCUAACCUUGAAGCCAAGCUUUCGGAGUUGAGAAACCAAGUUCCUCUUGCGGAGCAAUCUGAAAAGAGUUUGGCAGAACAAAGAAACAAGCUCCGCGUAGACAUGGAAGUUGGUUUGAAAUCUGCUGCCAAGAUUAAGGAGCAGCUACCUUCUUUCACAGCCUCUGCAGAUGAAGCCACCAAAGAAAUAAAGAACAUGAGAGAAGAAUGGAGUUCAUGGCAAAACAACCUUUGUUGAUUUUCUCUUAUGUAUCUCUUUGUCUCUUUGUUGGUUGAAAUUGCACAUUGUCAUGUUUGAACAUAUUGUUUGCGGCCUAUUGGCCAUGCAAACUUCUUUUCAAUGUUGAUCUCUUUCUUGGCUCAUAUUCUGGAAAUCUGCUUCUUGUACUUUUUGUUCAUACUCUAGUACAGGUUGAAAUCUGUC